AUGGCGUGUCUUUCAGUUCUCCUGUUUUCUCUGCUCCUUGCAGGUGUCAGGGCCAUUCCUCAAGACCCUGCACUUCACACUCGGCAAAGUGCUUUGGAUAAGUGUAAAUGCUACGAGGGAGAUCUCUGUUGGCCGUCAGCAUUAGCAUGGAGCACGUUGAAUUCUACGGUAGAUGGCUUUCUUCAGAAAGUCGUCCCUGUAGGUGCGGUGUGUUACAAUACCUUCGAAGGGAAGAGUACCUACAAUGCAUCCGCAUGUUCUAUUGCUACUGCUAAUUGGAAUCAACAAGUGUUUCAACAAGAUGAUCCCGUAUUUGCAAUGAAUCCUCUCUACACCAACGGGGCAUGUCUUCCGACCACAAACAGGGCUGCAAUAUGCAGCCCAGGUUAUCUUUCGGACUAUGUCAUCAUGGCGAAGACAAAACAACACAUUGCAGCUGGUGUGAAGUUUGCACGUGAAUACAACUUACGUCUGGUGGUUCGAAAUACCGGUCAUGACUUCGUGGGGAGAUCAACCGCUUACGGAGCUCUGGCAAUCAAUACCCAUUCCUUCAAAGAUAUCAAAUUCAUCAAGCAAUAUUCAGGACCUGGAACAUACACUGGAGGCGCAGUGACUGUCGGUGCUGGUAUCCAAACUCGGGAAAUGUAUACAGCCGCUUUUAAUCAGAAUCCAAAAGUCAAUAUUGUCGGUGGAGAAUGUGCUACGGUCGGGUUCGCUGGAGGGUACAUCCAGGGAGGAGGGCAUGGUCCUGUUACUAGUCUCUAUGGAAUGGCUGCAGAUCAGGCACUCGAGUUUGAGGCAGUGACUGCAAAAGGAGAGUUUGUCACCGCGAAUGCCGAUGUAAAUCCAGAUCUCUUCUGGGCGUUGCGCGGAGGCGGUCCAGCGACAUUCGCGAUUGUCACAUCCCUCACGGUCAAGACGUUCCCAGAAGUCCCGUCAGCAAUGGUGAUCCUCAACAUUAAUAGUACACACACCACAAACACUGUCCUCUGGUGGCAGGCAGUCACGCUUUUCCACUCAUUGUCCAACCAUUACGUAGACAACGACCUCUUCGUGUAUUACGAAUUAACCCCAGGGACUUUGCACAUCCAGCCUUUCGUAGGACCAAACAUGAACUCAGCAAAGCUCUCCCAGAUUCUCAAACCACUCUAUGAGGGCUUGACGAAAUUGGGAGUCCUCAGCCCCCCAGAACUCGGAUUUGGAGUCAUCAUCGGUCAUAUUGUUGGGCCUGGAAAUGCUCUCCCCAUUUUUGACAACGCUGUCUACCCAGGCUGGAGAAACGCUUCGAGUUUCAGCAUUGCAUCAUUAUUUCCUUCACAACAGCAAUGGGCUACAGCUAAGAGAGUCAUGACUGAGAAGUUGACUCCUGCAAUGAUGAAGGCGUCCCCACGAGGUGGUGCUUAUGUUAAUGAGUGUGAUUUGGGUCAGCCUGAUUGGCAGAACCAAUUUUGGGGGGCUAAUUAUCCUAGAUUGCUGGAAAUUCGAAAGAAGUGGGAUGGUGACGGUACCUUCUUUGCCCAGACGACAGUUGGAACCGAAGAUGUAAGCUAUAUGGAGGAAAGAAUCUAG